GUAACAUUACAACUUAUUUCUACCUGAUGAUGAACAUCUGUCCUGUAGGGUAACAUUACAGCUUGUUUCUCCCUGAUGAUGAACUGUGUCCAGGUGAACUCUGUGGUGGCGCUGGUGUUCCUGCUGUCGGCUGGAAGCAGCGUGGCUGAUGUGGACGUGAACUGGCUGACUAAGGUUGUAAAAGCCAUCAGGAAAGAGUACAGAAUAGCCGGGCAGUUCUGUCUGGCUGCAAACAUCCCACUGCACCAAGACACAAACACACUUUCUAAUGUCCUUCAAGAUGACCGCUACAUGGAUGUGGAAAAAAAGCUUGAAGACGUGUACGUAGGCCAGAAUGUGGUUAUAGCCAAACCUGCAGAACCUAGACAUGCAGAACCUCAAGUUCUGAAAAAUUUGCAACCAUUGACCACAAAGACUGAGGGAAACGUCCUGCUCGUCUACACGUACCUCUCCCCAUGUGUAGGAAAGUGUGCAAACCCAGACGAGCCCAAGUUCAACAUCCUUAAAGACAUUAAAGUCAUUCCACGCAACUGGCAUGACUACGCCUUUGUGUUUACAAAAGUCUGUGAUAAAUACAAAGGGGGGCGUGGCCCUUAUCGGAAUGAAUGUCCUACCGAAGACGACUUGAGAAAAUCCCUGACAGAGCUCGGGAAAACCGGGCUCCGCCUCAGAAACAUCUUCCGCUGUUACAAACCAGAAAACUUAGAGUUUCAGUGCUACAGCUGCUCGUCUAACGGAGACGUUUCAGAUGUUUGUGUUCAAAACAACUUCGUACCGGGACAGCAGGGAGGAAGCAGUAGAGACGUGGGUAGGAGUAAUCUUACAGAACAGAGAAGAAGAAGCAGAAGUAGAGACGUGAGUAGGAGUAAUCUUACAGAACAGAGAAGAAGAAGCAGAAGUAGAGACGUGAGUAGGAGUAAUCUUACAGAACAGAGAAGAAGAAGCAGAAGUAGAGACGUGAGUAGGAGUAAUCUUACAGAACAGAGAAGAAGAAGCAGAAGUAGAGACGUGAGUAGGAGUAAUCUUACAGAACAGAGAAGAAGAAGCAGAAGUAGAGACGUGAGUAGGAGUAAUCUUACAGAACAGAGAAGAAGAAGCAGAAGUAGAAGUGGCAGAAGAGCAAAGAAAGUAUGCAAGACGAGUAGAAGCAGCCGCAUCAGAGGCCAAGGUAGUAGUAGUUAGUAGUAGUAUCUUGGUUUAUUUGCUGUUUGUAGUAGUAGUAGUAGUAUCUUGGUAUCUUUGGUGUUAGUAGUAGUAGUAGUAGUAGUAUCUUGGUAUAUUUGCUGUUAGUAGUAGUAGUAGUAGUAGUAUCUUGGUUUAUUUGCUGUUUGUAGUAGUAGUAGUAGUAGUAUCUUGGUAUCUUUUGCGUUAGUAGUAGUAGUAGUAGUAUCUUGGUAUCUUUUGCGUUAGU